AUGAACAUGUUGGACGUAGAAGACGAUAGCUUUCACGUCACACGUGAAGGCUACUCCCAUCUUAGUGACUCAAAAUGGGAGACAGUCGGCCACAUGAGUGUGCUUAUCGGCGAACCCGCCAUCAGUGGUAUGUUGGAGUCUCUAAGCAGAGACCAUCAACAUGCUGCUAUCAACAUGUUCCUACGAGGGGAACUUGCUUUCGAAAGACAGAAGAUAGCCUUGUUUCGCCACCAAGGCUCUCAUCAGACGAUGGGCGGGCCGACGCACAUGCGUCAACCCGAAACCUUGAAGAUUGAUAUCUCAAGGUACAAGGUAACCGAUGAAGAUUCCCUUUUUAGAUGGUUCGUCGAGUUAGACGAUGCCAUCAGGGCCCGUCACAUCGAGGGUGACGAGAUGCAAGUCACCUUCGCCCUGUCGAACUUGACAGGACGAGCAAAGACUUGGGCCUUAGGGCUCAAGCUUCAUGACUCAAAUGUGUUUGAGUCGUUGAAGAUCUUGAAGUCUCGGCUCAAAGACACGUUUGAGCCGCCGUGA